ACUCGUACACGGCUUGCAUUGACAGAUAUCCAUGUAGAAAGUAGUGGGGCGCCAUAGGAUCAAGACAUCUAUAAUACAUGCUUGCAUAUUUAAAUCUGAAACAAGAAAAUGGCUUCGCCCAAGCGCAUCCUUACCAUUGACGGUGAAGUGCACAAUGUCGACCAUACAAAAUGAACAUCAAGGUAGAAACAGACAAGUUUGGCAAGACCAUCAAGUACAUGAUGUUCAAUGGCCGGCAUCACUUUCCAGCAUAUCCUCCGUCAGUCCUCGAUCAAAUAAAGAGCGUCUCUAUGAGGCCUGAUGAUGUCUUCUGUCCUGCCUUUCCAAGAACAGGAACACACUGGACGUUUGAAAUGGUUGGAAUGUUGCUUAAUGGAACUGCCGACACCAUACCCACAUACAAGGAAAAGAUUCAACUAGAAUUCACAAAGAAUGAUGAACUGAGUAGUCUCCCCUCCCGACGAAUCAUCAACACCCACUUCCAACUUUCUCGUGCACCAACGCAGCUGAGAGAAAAGAAAUGCAAGAUAAUCUACAAUCUAAGAGACCCAAAGGAUGUUGCAGUCUCACUGUACUGUUUAUAUAUGGAUAUAGGGGUGACUGGCUACCAGGGCACAUUCAAAGAUUUUCUAGAACUUUUCGACAAUGAGAAAGUGAGUGCAACGGGAUGUUUGAACACCUGCGUGAUGCAGAAAAAUUCUUUGAGGAGAAUCCUGAUAUUGAAGUGCACUUCCAAGUUUACGAUGAAACACUAAAGGAUCCUGUAGCAGAAGUGAGAGCUCUCUCUGAUUUCAUUGGGCUUGAGAGAGAUGAUGAACUGUGUCGUGCCAUUGCAGAAAAGUGUACCUUUGCAAGGUUGAAAGCUGACAAGGACAAGUACUGUAUGAAAGUUGAUGGAAAAAACUUCUUGUACAGAAAAGGUGUCGUUGGAGACUGGAGGAACCGGUUCACGGAUGAGAUGUUGGAGGAGUACUACAGUGUGUAUGAGGAGAAGAUGGCCGGGUCAAAAUUCUAUGAACGUUAUGCCAGAACGAAGGUCGACAACAAACCCUAAUGAUUCAUUUCAGGAAGUCAUUUCUCAAUGAUUCUAACCAAACGUUUAUCAGUGGAGAUAGAAUAAUAAGCAGAACAUAUAGCAUUUUGUGUGGCUACAUUUAUUUCUUGUUUUCCUGUAACGUGAAUCAUCAUUUCUCGAAUGACACACGAUUACUAUCUCGGCUGUAGCCUUUAUGCUUUACCAGGCCUAAUGCGCGUUAAAGUUGACGAAGUUGUACUGGAACCAGCUAUAUAUUCCUUGCGAACAAAAUGCUAAAUUUCUCUGAAUAGUAUGUGAACGGAUCACUGUAAAGGAAUGAUGACACGAGGUGUGAAAGGGGUAACAGGGAGAAGGUGUUCAAGUAAAACACCAUCGGCUUCAUAACCAGGAACACGGUAUUAGUGUGAAAUAACCAGUGAGAAUUCGGAUGGAUUAAAUGUCUGAGGCACGUUUCUCAGUAAAGAUGUAUUUCAUAAUACUUGUCUCAUCUAGUGAAGGCAAGCAUUAAGUUAUGUGUGUGAUAUGAAUAUUGUCUUUUAAUGGAUAAUUGAAACACACAAGUUCAAAA